AUGAUAUCGUUAAAAGUUGACAAUCUCACACGCAGGACUACGAUAGUAGAUCUGAAACAGGUGUUCGAACGUUUCGGUAAAAUCGGUGACAUUUACAUUCCUCGAAAUAAAUUCACUCACGAAAGCAGAGGAUUCGCUUUUGUCAGGUAAUUUUAAAAUAUUUACAGCAUAAGAAGCUUUUUCUAUGGGUAUUAGGUUUGAUGUAAUGGUUUUGGAAGGCGUUUCCAAGUGCAUUAUAAUAAAUUAUAAUAAUAUUAUAACUCAAUAAAGUAAAUAAAUAUAUAUAUAUAUGAAAAUAAAAUUAAUUAAUUAAUGAAUCCGUAGACUUCAUUAAAAUUAAUAAUUUUGUUUUAUUUUAUUAUUUUAUUAAAUAUUAUAAUAUUAACAGCAAAGAUUAUUGAUAUACAAUUUAGAUUUAUAAAAAUGAAUAUUUUCUAUACAAUAUAAGUAUGAUAUUGAACUCCAUAUGAAUAUUAUCAUACGUAGUCUAUGAGUUGCACAGUGCUUGCUUAUUUGAUGAAUAUUGGGUCAACGUCAGGGAUGUAUUAAUCAUUAGGUACUAUAGGUACCGUAUCUUACGAGAAACAGCCGAUCUAAAUUUACUAAAAAAGAACUAAAGCCAAACAAUAAUAAUUUAUUGAUACAAAAUUUAUUAUUGAAUUUUAGAUUAACCAUGAUACUUAAAUGACCUAAAUAAUUUAAUAGUAAUGUAAUUUUAAAAUAGUGUCUUUUUAAGCUAAAUAAAAUUGUAUAUACCUAUAUUAACAUUUACGAAUAAAUAUCAAGGAUGGGUAUUAACGAUUUAAUAAAUUAAAGUUAAGCUAAUUUAACAUUUUAACUUAAUAAAUUCAUUUUUUUUUUUUAAACUAUUAACUUAAUUCUUAACUUGAGGUAUAUUUAAUAAUAUACACUGUUAAAGUAUAACAUAAACUCGAUAAAACUAUUUUCAAAGUACUUAACUAUAAUAUGAAAGACAAUUUUCGGUAGAUUGUAAUUAGUAAUAGUAAUAUUAAUUUGUGGGUAGCAAUAUAAAUUGAGCAUAAUAAUAAGUAUGUGGUUAGGUUAUUUUGUAUAAUACUCAUAUUAUUUUAGAUUUUUGGACCAACAAGACGCGGACAACGCGAUAGAAAUGUUGCAAGGUCAUGUAGUUGAUGGUAGGCAUAUACGAGUUCAAAUUGCUCGUUACGGCCGCCCAACUUUGCCUAUUAAAAGAAGCCAAAGAAGGUAUAAUACUUAUACAUUUUUAAUAUUUCCAUUAUUAAAAAUAUUAUUUAAUUUAAUGUUUCACUUGACCACUUCUUCGACAAUUAAAAUACUGCAAACUGAAGUUAUCAAACUCCAAACUAUCUAAAAUACUAUAUAUACCCAAGAUUGUACAUUAACAAGUUAAAUUAAUUUAACUUUUUAACUUUAGGAAUUAUUUUGUUUUGAACUAUCAACUUAAUUUUUAA